CUCUCAAAUCACGAGGAAAGAAUACACUUCCGUAUUUUGAAGCUUUACACACAAACAAUGGGACACAAGAUGGAUAGGUUGUGUUGUCUUAUUUUGGUGUCCUUAUCUGCAGUAUCGGCACAGUUUGUGCCGCCGUAUACCGAAGAAUGCCAGACGGGCAUGUACCCUCCCAAAGGUCCAACAUUCAAAGGGUCUGUCACCUGGUACACAAUAGACCUGGAUUUGCCCCCCAGCGAAAGAUGGAAGCUAAUCAUCACCGACAAAAAAGCUGAGUUGGUCAACAUGAUCCAGGCUAUCAGGGAUUUGGCCAACGCAUUUGUUCCUAGUGGGAAACUGAUAGAUUUGGUCGACAAGGACUUGCCUUUGCUAGUGAAUACCCUACCCUACCCAUUCAAUGAGGAAAUAAAAGGAAUCGCGACUGCCUCGGGUGUUCCCCUUGGCGAGGUUAUCCUCUACAACAUCUUCUAUGAGAUCUUUACAGUGUGCACUUCUCUAGUGGCAGAGGACUCAAAUGGUAACCUUAUCCAUGGGCGGAAUAUGGACUUUGGACUAUUCAUGGGUUGGGACAUGAAGAACAGGUCCUGGUUGAUAACAGAGAAACUCAAGCCUCUGGUGGUCAACAUUGACUUCCAGAGAGGCAACAAGACGGUCUUCAAGUCCACUAACUUCGCCGGCUACGUGGGCAUGUUGACUGGCAUUAAGCCGCAUGCUUUCACUCUGACCAUGAAUGAGCGCUUCAGCCUUGAUGGAGGAUACAUCGGGAUCAUGGAAUGGAUCCUGGGGAAUAGAGAUGGGAUGUGGAUGAGCUUCCUCACUCGCUCCGUCUUAGAGAAUGCUACCAGCUACGAGGAGGCAAAGAAACUUCUGGCCCAGACCAAGCUGCUGGCCCCGGCCUACUUCAUCCUGGGAGGGAACCAGACGGGCCAGGGCUGUGUCAUCACCCGCUCCAGAGUCCUCAGCCUCGACAUCUGGGAGAUUGAGCUGAAGCUGGGCCGCUGGUACGUUCUGGAAACCAACUACGAUCACUGGAAGGAGCCUCUGUUCUUGGACAACCGCAGGACUCCAGCCAUGAAGUGUAUGAACCAGACCAUGCAGGCAAACAUCUCACUGAAGACCGUGUACGACGUGCUGUCGACAAAACCAGUCUUGAACAAGUUGACCACAUACACCACGUUGAUGGACGUGAACAAGGGCAAACUGGAAUCCUACAUCCGUGACUGCCCCAACCCCUGUAUGCCCUGGUGAAGCCUCCAGAUGGGUUUCUAACAGAAAGGUGGUGGGGAGAUGGGCUUAACUGAUUCAGAAACAACUGGAGAAACCUGUUAUACAUAUUUCAAGUCUGCGCUGUAACUAAAGGCUCCAAUCGAAAUAUUGCUUAACACUCAUACAUGGGUUGAAAAUGGCAGAUUUGGGCACUGUUAAGCACCCAAAUUGGAACAGUGAGCCCUACAGUAACAUGCUAUACAUGUCAGAGAUCACAUUCUCUGAACUUGAGCAUUACGCAACAAGUUGCCUUCCCAGUAAUUGGGCAACUUUGUCUGAGUGAGAAAUGCUGUAAAUUAAGAGGACUCGAUGUAUUUUGAAACAUGACAGGGGAUUAUAAUAAAUACCACUGAUGUCAUACAAGCAACA